CGGAAUGAUAGCAAAGAAGAACAUCAAGGAAGCUGCUAGUGUGGGCGUCUCUGUCAGAUGUUCAACAUCAAAACAACAUUAUUAGCGUGUCAGAUGCAUUUACGACUGCACUGACAUUUAAACCAUUUUGGUUAGAUGUAUACUGUAUUGGAAGUGCUACUAAAAGUAACCUGACGUAUAGCUUAUACUGUUUACCGUCUUUCGCUCAAUAGCUAUCUCAAAAUCGCCAUUUUAACUUCUGGUUGUGCCUUGGGCGGUGGGUUGAGCGGUCAGUGUCAAAAUAGCUGCUAGCUGGGUUGCUCACUGUUUUAGACGUUAACCCAGUACAACGAGCUUUUAAAAUAUCAUGCUAGCUGUCUAACAAGCUUGGCUACAUGCUUGGUAGCUCAUGGUAGUAGUUUCAAAUUACGACGUUAGCCAGGUAGCUAGUUAGCCAAGCGACUAUCUAGUUGGCUAACAACAAGCCUUAUCAGAUAAUCAACUGUAGCUUGUGGUACUGGCUAGCUACCUAGAGGACUUUAUACAACAACCAAACUGGAUAAAACGUUGGAUUUGGUCGGUUUUAAGUCGGGCUCAGCGGGUUCGCUGACCCCACAGAAGAGGAUGAAGAAGAGGAAGGAACUCGAUGCAUUAAUCGGACUUGGGGACAGUAAAAGGAAGAAAACCAAAAAGGGGUCCGGCCACAGGCUCCUCAGAACCGAGCCUCCACUAGACUCAGAAUCCGAAUCAAGUUCAGAUGAUGAUGAAUUCAGCAACCUUGCUACUGUCGCUGCUUUUGGAAAAAGAAGUUACGUGAAGUGCUGCAAUGUCUGCUAUCCCUUGUUCCUGUUCAUCAUACUGGCUGCCUGUGUUACGGCUUGUGCCGGACUGAUAUGGAUGCAGAUUGCCCUGAAAGAAGAUCUAGAUUCCCUCAAAGAAAAGCUGCAUACAAUGGAAUCCGGCCAGAAGGUGUCGUCACAUGAAAUACCAAAACUAAGUGAAGAUCUGAAGACAAAGCAGAGAAAACUGGAGGACAUUGAAAGUGGAGACAAGGGUCUGAACAAACUGUGGUCCAACCUUACAGAGAUGAACAGAAAGAUCAGUUUUCUGGACACUGCGGUGAACCAUCUAAAGGCCAACAUCAAAUCAGCCUCCGACUUAAUCAACCUUCCGACCACAGUUGAAGAGCUCCAAAAGAGUGUGGCUUCAAUCGGCAGCACUUUAACCAGUGUGCAGCAUGAUGUCAAGACGAUACAGACGGCCCUUGAGGACCAGAAGAAAGAAACAGACGACCUCAAGAAGACCAUGGAUGCCGAGGCUAAAGAAUCAAAUGUGAAAUCGACAGCCUCAGUUGAAAAAGAAACAAGCAACCGCUCAUCAACGUUAGCUCAAAACCAGGAUAUAACUCACCUGAGAGAGGUUGUGAGCGAGGUUAACAAGACCCAAGGGCUGUACCACUCCUGGACUGGUGACCAGAUCCAGAAUCUCCAAACCGCUGUGUCAAACCUCACUCAGAGGGUGUCUUCCAUGGAGCAGGGCUCACCUCAGACAACACCACACAGUGACCUUGUGGAGGUAGUUGAACAAUUGCCUGUCAGUGGAGAUGCAACAGAACCAGUGAAGGACCUGGUCACAGAGAGGGACACCAAUGCAGAUGGACUUAAAGCAGCAACUUCAGAAGCUACACAUGAAAAAUCCACAGGUUCAAAGCCAACGAGGCGUCCAUGGUUUUUGACUCCAAACCGCACCAAGAGAGAGUCUGGAACAGAAAUCCCAAAGACUGUGUCAUUCCCUGGAGUCAGCUCUCUGAAAGAUCUCAAAGAGCUCUUUGAGCGCUCGGGUACCGACCCCACCUCUCAGGGGAUGUCUUACCAAGUCCUGAAGAAAUUAUUUGACACAGCAACGCCAGAUCCCCAAAGCCUGGAACGCUACGACAAAGACGGUGACCAGAGGUUCUCACUGGCUGAAAUGAAAGCUGCUGCAGGUCUGUGAGAAGAGGAGUGGCAGAGGCAACAGUGGAAGGAGAAGUGGUCUCUGGUGUGUGUGGAGUGCCUCACAGUGAAGAUGGUUGCACUUUUAUUGAACUGAGUAUUUAAUAACAAACGGAAUGUUGAACGGUAGUACUGGCAUGCCCACACGCCUCACUGGUCCUACACGCCUAAGCUAGAGUAAGCAACUCAGAUCCAAGCUUUGAUAUUUCUAUAUUAUUUUCCAAAACAGUUUACAAAAUUGUACUUUUCAGAAAUAUUUGUUUUAUUAAUUUAUGACCAGUUGAUGUCAAAUGAAUUGUUGAGAAGGGUCAAAAUAUCACCUAUUAUAAUGUAGUUCCUACCACACACACACUCCCAUUUUAGAUAAGUUCAGAUCGUCUUUGCUUAUUUUCUGUCCUCUUUAUACAUGUUUUGUUGUAAGUCUUGAGUUAUUUUCUGCAUUCUUAUUUGGAUUUUAAUGUAACACAGAGACUGUAGACAUAUCCUUAACCCAACCAUAGUUUAUUUUUAAGUUGUUUUUAAGUCUGCAAUAUUUGAAGGGCUAUAAACACACACUUUUAACUAGUUCAGAAUUAAUCAUGUUGAAAUAUUAACUCCUGAAGCAUAUGUAGCAAUAAUACAAUGUAAAUGAGCUUAUACUAACGGACUAUAGUGAUCACUUCAAUUUGCAGUAUAUAUACAGUACCAGUCAAAAGUUUGGACACACCUACUCAUUCAAGGGUUUUUCUUUAUUUUUACUAUUUUCUACAUUGUAGAGUCAUAGUGAAGACAUAAACUAUGAAACACAUAUGGAAUCAUGUAGUAACCAAAAAAAGUGUUAAACAAAUAUAUUUUAGAUUCUUCAAAGUAGCAACCCUUUGCCUUCUCUCCAACCAGCUUAACCUGGAAUACUUUUCCAACAGUCUUGAAGGAGUUCCCACAUAUGCUGAGCACUUGUUGACUGCUUUUCCUUCACUCUGCGGCCCAACUCAUCCCAACCCAUCUCAAUUGGGUUGAGGUCGGGUGAUUGUAGAGGCCAGGUCAUCUGAUGCAGCACUCCUUCACUCGCCUUUGUCAAAUAGCCCUUACACAGCCUGGAGGUGUUUUGGGUGUUCUGUUAAAAAAAAUGAUAGUCCCACUAAGCGCAAACCAGAUGGGAUGGCGUAUUGCUGCAGAAUGCUGUGGUAGCCAUGCCGGUUAAGUGUGCCUUGAAUUCUAAAUAAAUCACUGACAGUGUCCCCAGCAAAGCACCCCCACACCACCACCACCAUGCUUCGCGGAGGGAACUACAUAUGCGGAGAUCAUCCGUUAACCUACUCUGCGAAGACAGCGGUUUGAGUCAAAAAUCUCAAAUUUGGACUCGUCAGACCAAAGGACAGAUUUCCACCAGUCUAAUGUCCAUUGCUCGUGUUUCUUGGCCCAAGCAAGUCUCUUCUUCUUAUUGGUGUCCUUUAGUAGUGGUUUCUUUGCAGCAAUUUGACCAUGAAGACCUGAUUCACGCAGUCUCCUCUGAACAGUUGUUGAAAUGUGUCUGUUACUUCUACUCUGCAGCAUUUAUUUGGCCUGGAAUUUCUGAGGCUGGUAACUCUAAUGAACUUAUCCUCUGCAGCAGAGGUAACUCUGGGUCUUCCUUUCCUGUGGCGGUCCUCAUAAGAGCCAGUUUCAUCAUAGCGCUUGAUGGUUUUUGCGCCUGCAUUUGAAGAAACUUUCAAAGUUCUUGAAAUGUUCCGUAUUGACUGACCAUGUCUUAAAGUAAUGAUGGACUGUCGUUUCACUUUGCUUAUUUGAGCUGUUCUUGCCAUAAUAUGGACUUUGUCUUUUACCAAAUAGGGCUAUCUUCUGUAUACCAACCCUACCUUGUCACAACAACUGAUUGACUCAAAUGCAUUAAGAAGGUAAGAAAUUCCACAAAUGAACUUAAAGGCACACUUGUUAAUUGAAAUGCAUUCCAGGUGACUACCUCAUGAAGCUGGUUGAGAGAAUAGCAAGAGUGUGAAAAGCUGUCAUCAAGGCAAAGCGUGUUGACUUUGAAGAACCUCUAAUAUAAAAUACAUUUUGAUUUGUUUCACACUUUUUUGGUUACUACAUGAUUCCAUAUGUGUUAUUUCAUAGUUUUGCUUUCUUCACUAUGACUCUACAAUGUAGAAAAUAGUAAAAAAAUAAAGAAAAACCCUGGAAUGAGUAGGUGUGUCCAAACUUUUGACUGGUACUGUAAGUGUUGUGUGUAGUACAGAAGAAAGACAAAGGUAAGCACACCUGGCUGAUGGUGAGAUAAGCACUGAUCCCUCUUUACUUGAUUCUGUCAUUUUGUGUGGGCCUUUACAUAAUGAAAUGCAAAUGUACAAAUCAGGACAUGUCAAAUCACUCAACACUGUUGUAUGAUGUAAAUAUGGUAGAAUUUUUUUAUAUGGCAUCAUGUAAGAUUGACUUGUUUGGGGGGGGGGGACUUGGGCUGCUUUGUAUAGCUAGAGGACUGUAGAUAAUCCUCAGCAUUGUAACGAAAAUAGUUUUAUGAAGUUGUGCUUUGCAUGUUUUUCAAUGUAACAUGAAUAAAUGUGUAAUUUAUCAGUUUAACAUAAAGGACUGUUUGAACAUAGUUUUGGUUUGCAGGGUAAUGGUGUGGAAUUCUGCAACUCAAUUAGGUAAAACAGAUUUUGAAAUGUCAUUUAGAUUUCCGACAAAGAUGUGUGCUUUGGGAAUUGUAUUGUUUUGUGCGAGCACUAAUGAAUAAAUGAACAUGUGGAUUAACAGGA